UUGAGAGUCUGUGUCUUUCAACACAAAAACAUCUAAAAUUCCCAAUAUCUGGAAUUCUAACAGGCAGCAUUUUGUGUGGUAACUGCUGAGCUCAUUGUGAAAGCGUGCUGACAUUUCUGCUACACUGUGGAUUAUCUUUUCUUUACCCACAGGUGACUUUUGCUCCUUCCCAGCUAAUUAGAUAGGUAAAUACAGAUUUGCUUGGGAGAUAUACUCAAGGCCGACACAAAUCCUGGCUUGCAAGGAAAUGAACCAUUUUUCCCCUUUAAUCCCUGCCAUUGAGCAGCAGUGGUGGGGAAGAGCACUGGGAGGCAAAGUUUGCUGGGGAAGCUUUUGCUGGCUGCAGGAUCCAAGGCAUUUUGGGGGGACUGCCCUGCACCCUCAUGGUUUCCUGCUGCUUUCUGAGGCUGGGGGUGCUGUGUCUGGAGAAGAAAAGGUUUCUGAGGGGCUGGCGUGGCGCUGGACCAGAGUUCUCUGUCUGCUUUAGCUGUGGAGCCAGGUUGCAGCAGGAGGUUGUUGACCUCCAUCUCUGGAGAUGCUCUGGAUAAGGAGGAGGUUCAGCCACACAGCACGGGCUGUUCCACCCCUCUGGUGUUGCUGGAGUUUCAUUGUGGUGUGUUUCUGUGUUCCAGGGACAGCCCAGCCCUCAGGGACCAAACCCCAGCCCCAUUCAGCGUGGGAGCCACCAGGGAAUCACAGCGUGGACCUCGGGCUGUGCUGCCAGGCUGCUGCAGAGAAACUCCCACCAGGAGGGUGAAAGGAGCAGGCAAGCAGGAGGAGGAUGGCAGAAAUGGAGCUGAGUCAGAAGUGUCCCCUGGUGAAUGGCAGGGCUGCAGGCAGUCAGGACAGCACCUGGACCCUUCCCAACUUGCCCAGUAAAUGCACAUGGACAGCCACAACGCCUGCCAGCAAGUCUCCACACUCCUGUGUUCCUUUGAGAGAAGAAAAGAAGAUCUUGCCCAAUAUCCUCAAGAAAAUUGGCUGCACCCCAAUGGUCCAAAUCAACAAGAUUGGGAAGUCCUAUGGGCUCAAGUGUGAGCUCUUGGCCAAGUGUGAGUACUUCAACGCAGGGGGCAGCGUGAAGGACCGCAUCAGCCUCAGGAUGGUGGAGGAUGCAGAGAGAGCUGGGAUUAUCAAACCAGGAGACACCCUGAUUGAACCCACUUCAGGAAACACAGGGAUUGGGCUGGCACUGGUGGCUGCAUUGAAGGGUUACCGCUGCAUCAUCGUCCUGCCAGAGAAAAUGAGCAUGGAGAAGGUCGAUAUCCUGAAGGCACUGGGUGCUGAGAUCGUGAGGACGCCGUGCACUCGCUUUGAUGCCCCCGAGUCCAACAUCCGUGUGGCCUGGAAGCUGAAGAGUGAAAUCCCAAAUGCUCACAUCCUGGACCAGUACCGAAACCCCAGCAACCCCCUGGCUCAUUACGACACCACGGCCGAGGAGAUCCUGGAGCAGUGUGAAGGCAAGGUGCACAUGGUGGUGAUUGGAUCUGGCACAGGAGGAACCAUCACUGGUGUUGCCAGAAAGCUGAAGGAGAAGUGCCCGGAGUGCAAGAUCAUUGGCGUGGACCCCGAGGGCUCCAUCGUCGCUCUGCCCAGUGAGAUGAACACGAGCAACACCACAACCAUCGAGGUGGAGGGCAUUGGGCACGACUUCAUCCCCACUGUCCUCGACAGAUCCGUGGUGGAUCAGUGGUACAAAAGCAACGACAGAGACUCAUUCCUCAUGUCCCGCAGGCUGAUCAGAGAGGAGGGGCUGUUGUGUGGUGGCAGCUCGGGCAGUGCCAUGUCUGUGGCUGUGAGAGCUGCCAAGGACUUGCAGGAAGGCCAGCGCUGCGUUGUCAUCCUGCCCGACUCCGUCCGCAACUACAUGUCCAAAUUUGUAAAUGAUACGUGGAUGAUAAAAAAUGGGUUCCUAAAUGACGCCCAGGAGCACAAGCCUUGGUGGUGGAACAUCAAGGUGCAGAAACUGAAUCUCUCAGCCCCUCUCAUCCUCCUCCCAGAAGUCAGCUGCCAAAAGGCAAUUGAGAUCCUCCAGGAGAAGGGAUAUGACCAAGCUCCUGUUGUUGCUGAGUCAGGGCUAAUUUUGGGAAUGGUGACCCUCAGCAACACCCUGAGCUCCGUGCUGGAUGGAAAUGUGGAGUCCUCAGACCCUGUCACCAAGGUCACCUACGACCAGUUCUCCAAGAUCAGCCUGGAGGACAGCCUUGGGAAGCUUUCCUGCAUCCUGGAGAACGACCACUUCGCUAUCGUUGUGCACGAGCAGAUGCACUUCAGUGGGAAUGGCAGCUCCUCCACGAAGCAGACGGUGUUUGGUGUGGUCACAGCCAUGGAUCUCCUCACCUUUGUCAGCAGGAACGACAAGAAGUAGCAGAGCAGCUUGGCUGUCCCCCCUCCUCCAGCAGGCCCAGGUGUGCCCCCAGCCCAAACCACCUGGCCAAGGCAGCCUCUGGCCCAGUGCAGCCAAGAGUUUCUCAAAAUGCCUAGGAGAAAAUUGUGAUGUAUUCUAUUUGUCUGCCAAAUGCCACCCCCAGUAUCACUAAAGAGGAGGUGACAAAAGAAAUUGUGUUUGACAGCCAUGUGUGCUCACAUGGAGCUUCCCAGGGCUGGGCAGGGAAUGUGGGAAGGUCAGCAUGGGAAGGGGAUGGUUGUUCCUGCCCAGAGUUGAGCAGGAGGAGCUUUGGUGUGUCUGCCAGCUGCAGAUGCCUGUGCACUGCCCCUGGUGCACUGCUGAGUUACCCUGAUCCCUCCAGAGCCCAUUUCUGCCUCGAGAGCAGCAGGGCUGGGGGCAAGCCAGGGCACUGCUGCACCCUCCUGCCCCUCUCUGCCCACCCAGGGCUGCAGGCACCCCCAGAGCCAUUCCUCCUCACCCUGGGGGUGUUUGCCUCCAAGAAGGCAGCAGGAGAGUGUGGAGUCUUAACUUCUUUUUGCCAGGCUCAGGAUUAAAUGUGUGAGAUGGUAUUUCUUGUUCUGACUCAAAU